AUGGCGACCUUCACAUCCCGCACGAAGCCCCACGUCAACGUGGGCACCAUCGGGCACGUCGACCACGGCAAGACCACCCUCACCGCCGCCAUCACCAAGGUGCUAGCCGAGGCGGGGGCCUUUAGUAAGGCGGUGCCGUGCAACCAGAUCGACAACGCCCCCGGUGAGAGAUCUAGAGGAAUCACCCUCUCGACGGCUCAUGUCGAAUACGAGACCGCCAAGAGGCACUACGCCCAUGCGGACUGUCCAGGGCAUGUCGAUUUCACCAAGAACGUGAUCACGGGAGCUGCUCAAAUGGAUGGUGCUAUUCUCGUCGUGUCAGCUCUUGAUGGCGUGAUGCCACAAACAAGGGAGCAUAUUAUUCUAGCUCGACAGAUUGGGGUGUCGUCAAUUGUUUGUUUCGUGAACAAACUUGACGUAGUUCGAGAUGAAGAUUUAACAGAUUUAGUUGAGAUGGAGCUUCGUGAGGUCCUCAGUCUCUACAUGUUCCCUGGCGACGAGAUUCCUAUCAUCCAUGGAUCUGCUUUGGCAGCCUUGGAAGGAAGGGACGAGGAGAUUGGAAAGAAUGCUAUUUUGAAACUGAUAGAUGCCGUUGAUUCAUACAUCCCUGAUCCUGUGAGGGUGCUUGAUAAGUCUUUCUUGAUGCCAGUUGAAGGGAUUGUCUCAAUUCAGGAUCAUGGUACUGUUGUGACUGGACGUAUUGAACGGGGGGUAAUUAAAACUGGUGAGGAUGUUGAGGUCAUAGGGUUGACGGAGAGUGGUCCCAUGAAGACCACAGUUACUGGUGUUGAGAUGUUCAAAAAGAUGAUGGAUCAUGGAGAGGCUGGUGACUAUGUUUGUCUUCUUCUCCAUGGUCUUAUGUGCGGUGAUGUCGAGCGUGGCCAGGUGGUGUGCAAACCCGGCACUGUAAAGACCUACAAGAAGUUUGAGGCCCAAAUUUACGUCCUCACCAAGAAUGAAGGCGGUCGCCACACGGCCUUCUUCUCAAAUUAUAUCCCACAGUUCUACUUCAGGACAACUGGUAUCUGUGGAAAAAUCGAGUUGCCUCUGCAUGUGAACAUGGUUAUGCCUGGUGACAGCAUAACUGCAACCUUUGAGUUGAUGUUGCCUGCUCCGCUCGAACCAGGUCUAAGAUUCACGCUGAGGGAAGGAGGGAGGACCGUCGGCGCCGGAAUGGUCACCAGAGUCAUGAGCUAA